UAGUGACCGGGAAAACCGGGAAAGCCGGGAAUUGUACGGAAAUUAUAACUGCCAGGAAAAAUCCGGGAAUUGUAACAGGAAUUUUUCAUAAAUCCGGGGAUAAAAACAAAGUUUUAUUAAAACGUGUUAUGCUGCAUUUAAUUUCUGGAUCAUCAUCGCUGACCAACAAAUACCGUUAAAAACUAUCAAUAAGUUUUAAGUGGGACGCGAGUCUUCACAGGUCCAUGCGGCGCCCGGAGACAGCGCGAUAGACUUGGCAACACUGCUUGUGUGACUCACCCACGCGAGCGCACGCACACACACCAGUUCACAAUCUCUCGUUCAGACGUCUGGCGCCGUCUAACAGCAUUCUGCCGCCGUUUUCCGCUAUCCAGUGUUUGUGUUUCGUUGCAAUGCGUGUAUGUGGAUUAUUAAGUAUUUACAGUAAAACGGACUUGAAAUGGCUCGUCGGGUGAGAGGGAAAAUUUCGUUUCAAACGGAUUGGAAAGUAGAAUUCCCUUGGGUUGAAGACAUCAAGGAUGAUCGUCACUCUGCUAGGUGUGCAGUCUGUGGGACUACUUUUUCCAUUACUUCCAUGGGAAGAACAGCUCUUACAAGCCAUGCCAGUGGAAACAAGCAUAAGAAAAAUGUGAGUAGUGUAGAUAAGACAGCGCCAAUUCAAAUUUGGGCUACUACAUCUGCCCCUGAAACAUCUAAAGCAUCUGAACCUUCACCUUUACCAUCUUCAUCUGUAAUUCAACCUUCGUCAGCUGCUGUUAUUCCUGGUGCGAGUAUGAAUCUACCUGCUGAAGAUUCGUUAAUCCCGAAAUCUGCUUCUACAACCCGCUGUUUGGAUAAUUUUCUUCUUAAAGACGAUGUGACUCGUGCCGAAGCUUUGUGGUGUCUUGAAACGGUGAUGAAUCAUAACUCCUUACGCAGCGCUGCUAGUAGCGUAAACAUGUUCAAGCGAAUGUUUCCCAACGAUCGUGUUGCAAACAAUAUGAAACUUCAAAAAGAUAAAAUUUCAUAUGUCAUAGUUUAUGGACUUGCUCCUUAUUUUUAUGAUAAGUUGAAAAGUGUUUGGAAAGAGUGUGAACAUUUCGUGUUGGGUUUUGAUGAGAGUGUGAACAAAAUUGCACAGAAACAACAGAUGGACUUGUCUGUCAGAAUUUGGGACUCAAAUGUAAAUAAAGUUAUGUGUAGGUAUGUAACAUCCAUCUUUUUGAAUCACGCUACAGCUGAAGAUCUCUUACAAGCCAUGAAAACUGGCUUGGAAGGAUUUGACAUGAUGAAGAUUAUCCAAUUAUCAAUGGAUGGUCCUAACGUAAAUUUCAAAGUACUUAGGCUUUUACAGCAAGACAGCAGAUCUGACCCAGAAUCCCCACAGUUACUAGAUAUUGGUUCUUGUGGUUUACACACAGUGCACAAUUCCUUUAAGACAGGCAUCAAGAAAUCUGGUUGGGAGAUAAUUGAGUUUCUUAGAGCCCUUUACAAUUUGUUUAAAGAGGCUCCAAGUCGACGAGGAGACUAUACAGAGGCUUCAAACUCACACGUGUUUCCUUUGAGGGUUUGCUCAAUUCGUUGGAUUGAAAAUGGCAAAGUAGCGAGGAGAGCAAUGGAAAUAUUGCCACUUGUUGAAAAAUAUGUCAACAUAGUCAAAACCACAGCAAAGGAACCAUCUUGUAAUAGCUUUUCUGUUGUAUGUAAAGCCCUGCAAGACAAACUCCUGCAAGCGAAAAUAGCUUUCUUUGAGGCACUGGCAAGUGACGUUGAACCAUUUUUGGUAGAAUUCCAGUCUGAUUCUCCAAUGGCACCAUUUCUUUUCGAUAGUUUGACAUUUAUUGUAAUGACUGCUAUGAAAAGAAUUGUGAAAACCGAGAUUAUUGAGAAAACUCCUCUUCACAAAAUUGAUGUUUUCAAACAGAAUGCAGAUAAGACUUUUGUAAAUCUCAAGGAUGUGAAACAUGUUGAGCUUGGUUACAGUACCCGUGCAGCACUAAGGAAGUGUAAGAAUGCCUCUGAGAAAGAUAUUUUAAUUUUCAGAAAAGAGUGUCGGAAUGUCCUGCAAUUUUUUGUGAGUAACCUGUUGCUGAAGUCUCCUCUGAAGUAUUCUCUUACCAAGGCUCUUACUUUUUUGAACCCUUAUCAUAUUUCUUCCAAAGAUAGUUGUGUAAAACAACUUACUACUGCUCUUGACCACCUCCUUACGGCCAAUCUUCUGCCAGCUAGCACUGUUGAAAGGGCUGAUAGAGAGUACAGGUUUCUUUGCUCGCAAUCAAAUGUCAUUGAAGAAAUGAAAACCUACUCUAAGUCUGAAACUCGCUUGGAUACCUUCUGGGUGCAGCUUAUAGAAGGAAAGAAGGAAUAUGAGAACCUUUUUAAAGUAGUCAAACUACUUUUAAUUUUGUCUCACGGCAGUGCUAACAUCGAACGAGGAUUUUCAGUGAACAAAGAAAUUUUAGUCGAAAAUCUGAAAGAACCAUCACUCAUAGCCCAGCGUCGUAUUUUUGAUUUUGUUAGUAAUGAGCCGGGUGGACUGAUGAAGCUAGACAUUCCUAAAGCCAUGAUUCAUGCAGUGAGGAAUGCUUAUUCCAUGUACAGUGAGGCACUUGCAGAGCAGCAGUGUGCAAAUAAGAAAAUUUUCAAGCUAGCGGAAGAAAGAAAACGUGCAGCUACUGAGAUCAAACAGCUUGAGGCGAAGAAACUCAUGUUGCUUGAGGAUGUACAGCGUGCAGUAUCUGCCAUCGAUGAGAAGGUGAAAGAUCUUAAAAAAUAGUAUAGGGCUGUGUAUUGCAUGACACUAUACAGUUAAACUUCUCACAGUUUUGUACUAGUGUGACUAUGGACCAAACAAGCUGCAAGACAAUUACUAUCGAACCAGGACAAAUGAAAAAUUCCAAUGUUUUAAUAAUGAAUUUGAAGUUCCAACAUUUCCAGUGAGAAGGUAGGCCUGCAUAUGUCUUUGAUGUUUAUAGCAUCUUUAGAUGAUCAUUUUGUUAAAAUGCUUUUUCUCAUUACAUACAGUAGUAAUUUAGUAAUUUAUUGCAUUUGUUCAAUUUUGCAUGUACUAUCAUGAUUUUGGGGUAAAAUUUUAUCGCGUAUGAUUUACAUGUAUUCUUUUCA